GUUGUUUGGCUCGUUCAGCCAACAUGGCGGGUCCAGCGGGAGACGGAGGCUCGGUCAGCCCCACACCUGAGGCCGCGGCGCCCCCACCCAUGGAAGGCCUGCAGCUGGUUCAGCAGGGGGCGGAAGCCCGGGUCUACCGGGGCCUCUUCCUGGGCCGGCCAGCGGUAGUAAAGCAUCGCUUCCCGAAGCGCUAUCGCCACCCGCUCCUGGAGGAAAGGCUGAGCCGGAAGCGGACGGCGCAAGAGGCCCGCUCGCUGCUGCGGUGCCGACGAGCAGGGAUUUCUGCACCUGUUGUGUAUUUUGUAGAUUAUGUUUCCAACUGCAUCUACCUUGAAGACAUUGUGGGAUCAACCACAGUCCGGGACUAUAUCCUCUCCGAACAGCAGUCUGGGAAAUGUUCCAGUAGCCUUACUGUGUUAGCAGAGAAAAUAGGUGACAUUUUAGCACGGAUGCAUGACGAAGACCUCGUCCACGGAGAUCUCACGACUUCAAACAUGCUUUUGCGACCACCGGCAGAGAAACUAGAUCUCGUCUUGAUAGAUUUGGGACUGAGCUUUAUUUCUGCCCUUCCUGAGGACAAGGGCGUUGAUUUGUAUGUCUUGGAGAAGGCCUUUCUGAGCACCCAUCCAAACACAGAAGCCCUGUUUGAAGCCCUCCUGAAGAAGUACACAGCGGCCUCAAAGAAAUCGGCCCCGGUGAUUAAAAAACUGGACGAAGUUCGGCUGAGAGGACGGAAACGUUCCAUGGUUGGGUGAAAGCAGAGCAUGCAAAGCCCGGGCAGAGAGGUUUCAUUCUCCAUGCCAUUUGAAUGUAUCAAGUUAUAAGAUAACUUACCUGUUUUCAAUAAAGCUGUUUGUAGUUUUAUGCCUGA